CAACUUUGAAAGGUUUGAUCAGUAGUGGGUUUUUUUUGGCAGCUGGUAUAUUCUGGGUACCAUUCCUGAUGCUAGUCUCUACUUCAAGGGGCACGGAGUCUGGGAAAGGAGGACAGACAGACCAUCCGCUGGAAAGCCCAACCAUAUGGGCUACAGUGGGGGUGACUGGGGAGCACUGAGAGGCUCGAGUGACCUGGAUCUCGGGUGGGUGAUGAGGGCGGCUGCUGGAGGAAUCUUCGACAAGUUAUUUAACCUCUCUCAACCCCAGUUUCCUCAUCUGUAAAAUGGGAUAGCUGCUACCUAAGAGGACUUCUGUAAGGAUCUGAUGAGGAAAUGCAAAUCAAGUGCUUAACACGGCACCUGGCAGAGUGGUAAGCACUCAGUAAAUUUCAGCUACCACAUCAUUCCAGAUGGCCCUUCCAACCAGAGCGUAAGCCCCAUGAGGGCUGUGGGCCAGGUCUGCUUGUUCACUGCUUGUAUCCCCAGUGCUUAGACCGGAGGCUGGCACAUAGUGGGUGCUCAGGAAAUAGUUGUUUAAUGAGUGUGUGGGGAAAGGCCCAGAAGAAUUAGGAAGAGGCAGGAGUAUUCCACUUGCUCUGGAGCUGACCCCACACCACUCUUCCCCCCUGGGCCCCUCUCCACCCAACCACAUCCAGGAAGCCUCAGCACCACUCUACCCUGUGCAGCCAGGGCCCUCCACUCGGCUGCCAGGUUACACAUCUGCCUCCUCGUAUUGCAGAGCCCCUGCCCCACUGUUUUCCCCAAAGGACAGAUGGUUUGGCUGUCCCUCUAGCCACUUCCAUUAUGUGAUGAAGGUCAACCCUAGGACCUGCCUUCCUGCCCUCCUUCUCCCUCACGUCGAUGUCAGCUGCUUCUGUGGGAAAAUCUACCUUUUCCAGAGAGAGAGAGAGAGAGAGAGAGGGAGAGGGAGAGGGAGAGAGAUGAUCCUGGGUGCACUGCACCAGGUCAUUUUUCCAAACUUGGAGCAGAUAGUAUCCCAUGGAUGAAGGUCCUUAAGGAGAAGGGAUAGAUUUUGGGAUGGAGGGUGUUAUGCUGGAAUCGGGCUCAUGAUGCAGGACAGGUGUGUGUGUGUGUGUGUGUGUGUGUGUGUGUGUGUGUAUGUGUGUAGAAAUGUAUAUACAUCUUCCGCUGAGGGUCAUUUGUUCCUUUAUCCACUCUGUCAUUUGGCAACCAUGCAUAAGUAUGUCCUGUGUGCCUGGCCCAGUGCUAAGGGAUAAUGAGGGGUCGGGACAAACUCCCUGCACUCCACGAAGGACGAUCAGCAUUGAACAAGUCAUUACAAGUGGGCUCACCUUACGACAGUCUCAGGCACUAAUAGGAGUCUGCAUGGCAGUGGGGCCAGGGGACCCCUAACCUAGUCAGGGGGAGGCUGCUCCUGGAAGCUGAGACGUGAAAGGCUGAGGCCACGAGAAGGAUUUUGGAAGGACCCAAGUGAAGGAUCUAAUAUAUAUAUUAGGUUAUUAACAUCAGCGUUUAUAGGUCCACCUCCAUCAUUUUUUUUUUUUUUUUUUUUGGUAUUUGUAGUCUUUUGUUUCAAACAUUUAUAGUACAUGGAACACUCUUCCAUGCACUUGCCCUUGAGUUAUGUGUGAGGUCAAAGGAUAAAUUCAUGGAAGUGGGAGGAAUUAAUCAAAGGGCUGAUUAGCGUUUUAAAUGACUUGAUUUGCUCUCUCAUCUAUGGGAGAGUGGCUCUGGGGUUCUGGCUGUCAAGCAGGGCCACGACCUUCAGAAGUUGGUGGGAAAACCCCUCUCCAUUCCUCAUCUCCAGACAAGGGUGUCCUGACCACCUGUCUCUUCACAGGACAAGGGUGUCCCCCACCUGAAGACGCGGAGCCAGGUCCUGAGCGAUGCUCCUGAGCUGAGCGCCCACGGGCCCCCCCCUUUCCCCAUGGAGAAAGGACUCGCUUUCCCCCAGGACUGCCGGGACUUAUUGCACAGCCUGAGGAUGAAGAGCAAAUAUGCCCUUUUCCUGGCUUUUGUGGUGGUGGUUUUUGUCUUCAUUGAAAAGGAAAAUAAAAUCAUAUCAAGGGUGUCAGACAGGCUGAAGCAGAUCCCACAACCCCUGGCAGACGCCAACAGCACCGACCCAGCCCUCAUCUUGGCCGACAAUGCGUCCCUUCUGUCCCUGAGCGAGCUCGAUUCAGCCUUCACCCAGCUGCAGGGCCGCCUGCGAAACCUCAGUCUGCAGCUGGGUGUAGAGCCAGCAGCGGAGGCCGCCGCCGGGGCCCAGGGCGAGGCGGAGGCCAAGGCCAAGGAGCCACCCCGACCCCGCGAGGCCCGGCCGCGGCGCCACGUGCUCCUCAUGGCCACCACCCGCACCGGCUCCUCGUUCGUGGGCGAGUUCUUCAACCAGCAGGGCAACAUCUUCUACCUCUUCGAGCCGCUGUGGCACAUCGAGCGCACCGUGUCCUUCGAGUCGGGAGGCGCCAACGCCGCAGGCUCGGCGCUCGUCUACCGCGACGUGCUCAAGCAGCUGUUCCUGUGCGACCUGUACGUGCUGGAGCACUUCAUCAGCCCCCUGCCGGAGGACCACCUGACCCAGUUCAUGUUCCGCCGCGGCUCCAGCCGCUCCCUGUGCGAGGACCCCGUGUGCACGCCCUUCGUCAAGAAGGUCUUCGAGAAGUACCAUUGCAAGAACCGCCGCUGCGGGCCCCUCAACGUGACGCUGGCGGCCGAGGCCUGCCGCCGCAAGGAGCACAUGGCCCUCAAGGCCGUGCGCAUCCGGCAGCUGGAGUUCCUGCAGCCGCUGGCCGAGGACCCCCGGCUGGACCUGCGCGUCAUCCAGCUGGUGCGCGACCCGCGCGCCGUGCUGGCCUCCCGCAUGGUGGCCUUUGCCGGCAAGUACGAGGGCUGGAAGAAGUGGCUGGCCGAGGGGCAGGCGCGGCUGGGGGAGGAGGAGGUGCAGCGGCUGAGGGGCAACUGCGAGAGCAUCCGGCUGUCGGCCGAGCUGGGCCUCCGGCAGCCGGCCUGGCUGCGCGGCCGCUACAUGCUGGUGCGCUACGAGGACGUGGCGCGCUGGCCGCUGCAGAAGGCGCGCGAGAUGUACAGCUUCGCCGGCAUCCCCCUGACGGCGCAGGUGGAGGACUGGAUCCGGAGGAACACGCAGGCGGCCCAGGACGGCAGCGGCAUCUACUCCACGCAGAAGAACUCCUCGGAGCAGUUCGAGAAGUGGCGCUUCAGCAUGCCCUUCAAGCUGGCGCAGGUGGUGCAGGCCGCCUGCGCCCCGGCCAUGCACCUGUUCGGCUACCGGCUGGCGCGGGACGCCGCCUCCCUCACCAACCGCUCCGUCAGCCUGCUGGAGGAGCGCGGAACCUUCUGGGUCACGUAGGGGGGCCCGCGGCCGCGCGCGCCCCUCCUUGUGAAAGGCCCGCCCUGCCUUCCUCGCACCACCCCCUAGCGCCCCGCGGGCGGUGACACGGUGGCUCUCGCCGAGGGCGGGCCGGCGGCGGCCACGCGCGGGGCAGGCCGCCCUUCUGUAGAAGUAGGCCCCCCGCCAGCUAGCUCCCCCACUGCAGCCUUGGGCCCGGGGUCUCUCACCGAGAACAGGACAGUGCCCGUCCGUGAGGGCCGCCAGACCCAGACCUGAGGGGCUGCGGUCUCCUGAGCAGACUCCCCGCAGGCCUGGAACUUUUGACAAGCCUUUUUUUCUCUGUCACUGUCUCUGUCUCUGUCUCUGUCUCUCUCUCUCACACACACAGACACACACACACACACACACACAAGCAUACACCCAAAACUACAUAAAUGCCUGUAGACCCCGUGGGCCAGAGUCCAGAUGUUUAACCCGAAGGGGCUUUGGGCACCCACCAGCCGCAGUCAGACCUCCUGCUGUACUCACUGUUCACAUGUCAGUCUCUGGAUUUCUACACAAUCCAGUGUGGAAUCUGCAUGGGUCUGAGGGGAGGGGCUGGAACAGCCCAGAAUGUCAGAGGAUGACAGCUAGGGCUUAUCAACGAAGAAUGAUUCAGUAUUUUCAUGAAUGGAAUCGCUGUGCGGGUCACUGACAUCAGCCCUGCGUAGAACUACAAAGCACACAUAUGCGUGUAAAAGACAGGUACCUACAUAUACCAGACACGGACACAGAAACAUCAUAGAAACACAAGUCCACACACCUACGCACAUACCCACCACAGGCUUCCCUGUUGCUUUAUGCCCACGGAAUUGAACUAUCACACACCUAAAGAGCAGCCUUUAAUUACGUUUUUAGAAUUAUUUAGGGACAUGGAAGGAAACACAGUCAUGGGCCAUGACCCUGUUCUGACCGGGUUUAGGACUGAGCGGUGGAUACGGAACCUCCGAGUCUGCGGCCCCUGCCCGCCUUAGAUUCUCCUGGCUACCUCCUCUGGCCCAUUCACAUCCUCUCUGCUGGCAGGCAGGAUGUUUUGAAAUGAUGUGGCCAGUCCUCACAUGACUGCAGCCCAAAGGCCCCGUCCCAGCUCCACUGGCUCCCUGAGAGCGAGUCCAUAUUUGAAGGCUGCCUCAGGCCUGACUGGAGGCAAAAGGCAGCUGAGGAGUCCUGCCAUUUCCAGCCAGGCCUCGUGUGGGGCAGGGCCCAGAAGAGUGCAGAGUGCCCUUGGGGGAGAAGUCACAUCAGGAUACCCCUCCCCCGAGAAGACAGGGGACAGAGGUCAACCUCAUGGUUGGUCACCAUGGUUACAUGUUCGUAUCUGUAAUUCCUCCUUUUAGGGCCCUGGGAAAAGUGUUGCUCAACUUGGGGUAGGCUGGGUAUUUUAUCUGGGUGUUUUUUUUUUUUUUUUUAAAGUUAUUUAUAGUUUGGUAUCUUGUUUUGUGGCUAUGUUUUUUAUUUUGUUUCUACAGAAGUGCUGCGUGACAGCAAUCUGGGCUUUAGGGGGCUGGGAGGACCAGCAGGGAGCACUCUGGCUCUUGCUGGAGGGAGAGGAGGAGGAGGAAGAGCCUUUUCCCAGAAGGACCAGAGCCUGGGCGGCCACAUGGCAACCCACAGUGCCCCACGGGCGUUUCUGUUUGAACCCCAUGUGGAACGAAUCUCAGAAACCACCAGUGUUCUUUGCUGUGUGUCCAGAAGCAACAUAAAUUAGCCCUCAUCCUCUCCCUGAGACGAGGCCAGAUUUGAACAUCUCUUUCAGGUCCAAAUGCAUUUCCUGGGGGGGCAGGGCCUAUGGCCAAGCAGCAGAUGCCCCCACAGUGGAGGUCCUUUUCUACCCCCAGCCCAAACUGGGGAGCAGAGCUCAGUCCACCCCAGAACUCGAAGAGCUGCCCCAGUUCACUAGGGCUGUUUCUGAUUUCCUGGACAACUUCUAUGUCAGAUCUAUCCUGUUGUCAAACCCAGAGGGCUGAGUUUUGGAUUGAGUAAUAUGGACACGAGGGAAAGAGAGGAUCUGAGUCCAGCUGGUGCUGCCGUGGGGAAGGGAGGAGUGUGUCCGCCCAGCAGCUAGAAGCUGCUGUUUGAGACAGUGAGGACUGUAACCAUUUUGUGGGGUCUCUCACAAUCACCACAUUUGAGCUGCGGGGUCUCCAUGAACUUCAAGUCGUUCAAGGAGGCCUCCAGUCUAGGCUCUCCAGUCCCGAAAUAAGUUGUGCAGGGAGCUGGCUCUGAUUUGGGGUCCAAAGGGACUCCAGCUCUGAAAACUUGACCCUGGGGCAGAGAGAGACCAGGAUGUUUCUGGAAGCCCGGAAGCACUAGCUGUUUUUCCCCUCCCCACACUGUUCCCCACACGGUUCCCCACCUGUGGUUGGUGGGGGCUGGGGCAGGGACGGAGGCAGGUACCUCCAUUUGGGGCUCUUGGGGCCCUCCUGGUGUGGACAGCAAACUUCUUCCUUCCUUCCUAUGCCUCUGCGGCCAAGGUCUCCACCCCUGAGCUCUGAGGACUGUGCGGAGAAUGGACCUUUGGGACUUCUCAGGACAUUGACAAUUUGUACACUGCAAGUUGACUUAAUUUAUUUAUUUUGUGACAAAGAAGAGACAUAAAAUACCUUAUUUUUUGCAGGGACGCAAAGCUGUACCCAAAUCAAGAAAGACAAAAUGAUACUAGAAACCGUUGACUCACUCCAUACACACAAGGACACUCGAAGACGAUUCAGAGCACAAGACUAAAACCAAGGGCACGGAGUUGUGCUGGCCCCAGGGUGUUGUUUAGGGAGGUACCUUGGUUUCUUCUUGUUGAUUUGAAGAUGCGGCAUUUAAGGCCCUUUCUGCUGUAUUACCUUUGCCCUGGUGUCUGAAACAGGGCACAACUCAAGCGAGUGUUGCCUUGGGACUCGGCGAUGCUCCCGGGAACCCUCGGGGUUUGGGGAAGGACGGGGUGGGGGCGACUACUGACUUUAUUCUAUGGGGGGCCUGGUUGGAGUUACGCACUUGUGGUUUUCAGCAGGCAGCUGGGCUGAGGAAGGUGGUCCAGCUGGGCCAGUGCCUCCUUUUCCAGUGAGGCCAGUCCGGGCUUCUCUACUCUUACUUCUCCAUCAGGAGCCUCUCCCCUGUAUGGCGUCCACCUGCCCGCAGACAGAGGGAGCAGCUGAGGCCUCACCUCUGGGGCUGCCGGCUUCCCCGGAACAAGAGGCCCAUUCAGCAAUGAGUGUUUACUCAUUUUCUUUUUCUUGAUGAAGACCUCUUUAGCCCGGCCUAUAUAAAUAGUUCAGAACAUUCCAGGCCUUGGUGAGACAGGGUAGUGUCUAACACCCACAGGCUGUCACCACUGCUGCCUAUUCCUGGCUUCUCCUCUGGCCUUGUUUGUAAACCUCGGAGAGGAUGAGGGCACCAGGUUGGGGGCAGGGGUCUUUGGGACCAGUCGGUGGGGAGCAGGGUUCCUGAGUCCCCACAGAGAGGAAAGAAAGCAGAUUCACAACUCUGUGGCACACCCCCACCUCCCGCAGUGGGUUAUCACCAAGUUAUUACUGAGAUUGAGAGACAUGAACAAAUUCUAGCCUUUGGUCCCUUUAUGUGAUACACACACUUGAAAAUAAAUAAAUAAACGAAUAGGAAAAAAAAAAAGUUUACUGAAGAGUUUACUCCCCAUCUGCCAGUAUGCUCAGCCUGGAAGCUACUGCCAAAGGCCAGUCUAAUGGGGCAGCUGCCGACCGGACCCCUGAGAGCAGAGGGCCCACCCAACCCAUUCCAGUGACAUCUUUCCCCACCACCUCUGUCCUGUCCUUUGCCCUGUCUGAUGAUGAGUGAGAUGCAACAGGAGGUCAGGGGAUCCCUGUCCCAGAAGAUGGGGGCCUGGUCUAAAGAUGGGAGCAUCAGGUGGUCUGGUCCUGACCCGGAAGGCCUCUUCCAGCCCUGGUGGUCCUCUCGCACAUUAGGGCCUAUUUUAAUUGCCUGUAGGGCCUGGAUUAUGGAGGACAGGAGCAGAAGACCAGACGGCUGCAUCUCUGAGGCCAUCCCUCGCUCCCAAUCCCAUGGCUGAGAACAAAGGCAGGUCCUGGGGGGAUGGAUUCCUGGGUUGGGGAGAGGUGAGGGUGGGGAAGCAUGUCUGCAGAAACCAAGUAGGCCUUGCUGAUCUGUACUAAGUGAAAGGAGCACCCGCUGAAAUCCAGGGGUCCCAGGUUGGUGGUGGGUUUGCUAGUGAAAAUUCCCAGGACGUGGUCCAGCUGGACAAGAGGCAGAAGGCCCAGGGCUUCCCGAAUGCAACCGUAUCGCCUCUCGGCUGCCCACAGUUUCAGGAAUACUGGAAGCUGCUCUUUACCUCAAAAGGACAAAGCAGAAUUGGCAAAUUCAGAUGUCUUACGAGCUUUGAGAUCCUUUGGUCUCCGUGUCCUCUGUCAUUCCAUGACUAUAUUCCUGGGGGACGAAUUGGUUGUAUGUGUUUCCACGGAUAUGAAUGCAGUGCCAGCCCCAUGGACCCAGCUCAUACUGUAGACCAGGUAUUUCAUUUGGGAAAAAUACCCUGCUUCCUCUACCAUUGGGCUUGAACUGGGCACCCCUGGAGUCUCCAUCUCGUCUGUAUGUGUCAGGCCAAGUUCGCCUGGCUCCCCUGCUCCCUCCUGGAUCCUGCAAACUCUGUCUUUUUUGCCAAGACCUCGACCCUGUGUCCUGUUUCAUGGCCACAUGGUACGGGACACUCCCUUUGUGGCCAUGUGUGGCCAAGGUGUGUACAUAAUGGUGUGUACGUUGCUCCCGCCCCCUUGCCAUCGGUGUCCCAGAUGUCCUUGCCGUGGUUACAAUCUGCCGUCUCCUGGAAACGCAGGGGCUGCCCUUCAGAGAGCUGGCGGCCACCGCCGGUCAGGGUCUGCUUUGCGGAACAGAAUGUGAACCCAUCACUUGAUGGCUUACUUGACUUAUUUAAUUAAAAACGAAAACAUGCAAUGAGCAAAAUCUGAA